UUAUAUAUGCCCCCAAACGUGUAAACCUUUUCUCUCAAACCAAAACCGAAGUUUGUAGUUCUUUUUCGCUCUCAGUCGAAUUUGUCCUUUGCUCCAAACAAAGACAAGCUGUUGGCCAGAAAUUAAAGGGAAAGAAAAACAUGUGUCCGUCGGGGAGAAACGUAAGUGGGCCGGCGAAGACCAGCUCAGGGUCGGAUUUCAGGUCCGCAUUCGAGGUUCUUGACGUGGAUCGUGACGGGAAGAUUAGUAGGGAAGAUUUGAGGAGAUUUUACGCUGGGUUUUAUAAUGGUAAUACUGAUUUUGAUGAUGACGAAAUGAUUGGGACAAUGAUUUCCUUGGCGGAUUCGAACAGGGAUGGGUUCGUUGAGUACGAUGAGUUCGAACGUGUCUUGGGAGGGUCGUCGAAAAGAAAGGCGUCAGGUUAUGGGGUGAUGGAAGAUGUUUUUAAGGUAAUGGACAAGGAUGGCGAUGGGAGAUUAAGCUAUGACGAUUUGAAAAGUUACAUGAACUGGGCGGGGUUUCCUGCUUCCGAUGAAGAUAUCAAGGCUAUGAUCAGAUUGGGCGGCGGUGAUGAAAUGGAAGGCGUUUCUUUCGAUGGUUUGCUUAAGAUUUUGGCCGUUGAUUUUUCUGGGUAAUUUGUUAAGUUUAAUCUUGAAUAUCUAUAGAACACAUUUCUUUUAAGUUUUUAUGAAAAUGAUGGAUCAAAAUCUAUAAUUGAUGAAAAAACUAUGGGAUUUUCUUGCUGUUC